CCGCCACUUGUCAGUUGAACAGGGAGAAAAACCUCACCGCGAAAUGAUUAAAUAGACUAAAAGCGUUUCGUCAAACUGUGAUAGCCUCCAUAAUUUGUGCUCUGUGGAGGAUUAUCUAACCGUUUUGCCCCUUAAAGAUUUUCUUUUCCUCCCCCUUCGUGUUUCUCAGCUUAUUUUGAGGAUGUCGGUGGCGGGGUUUAAGAAGCAGCUGCACAAAGCGAGUCAGUUGUUGAGUGAGAAGAUAAGUGGUGCCGAAGGGACAAAGCUUGAUGAAGACUUCAUGGAAAUGGAGCGGAAAAUAGAAGUCACCAACAAGAGUGUGUUUGAACUUAUAACUAAGACCACGGAAUACCUCCAACCAAACCCAGCAUCAAGAGCCAAACUGGGAAUGCUUAACACCGUGUCUAAAAUCAGAGGGCAGGUGAAGACGACGGGUUAUCCUCAAACUGAAGGCCUUCUAGGAGACUGCAUGCUGAGAUAUGGACGAGAACUUGGGGAGGAGUCCACUUUCGGGUCUGCGCUGGUGGACAUCGGUGAAGCCAUGAAACAGAUGGCUGAUAUUAAAGAUGCUCUCGAUAUCGAUGUGAAACAGAACUUCAUUGAUCCCCUGCAGACCCUACAAGACAAAGAUCUCAAAGAGAUUGUGCAUCAUCUAAAGAAACUGGAGGGUCGACGGUUAGACUUUGACUAUAAGAAGAAGCGUCAGGGCAAGAUCCCUGAUGAAGAGGUCAAACAAGCUGUGGAGAAGUUUGAGGAAUCAAAAGAACUUGCUGAGAGGAGCAUGUUCAACUUUUUGGAGAAUGAUGUAGAGCAAGUGAGUCAGUUAUCAGCUCUGAUAGAGGCCGCGCUGGAUUACCAUCGGCAGACUUUGGAGAUACUGGAGGACCUAAAUAGCAAACUACAGAGCAGGAUAGCUACAGCAAGCAGUCUACCCAAAAAAGAGUUCAAGCCAAAGUCGAUCAUUUCCAGUUUGGAGACAGUUGAGAACACCCAGCACAACGGACUUUCAUACACAUCAUCAGUCAAGAGCACAGAUAUCCAAGUCAACCACACUGUAAAUGGAAAAACUGAUCAGUUCACUCACACAACACCCAAGACUCUAACAUGGCCUGAAAGCCCUAAUGAUGAUAGUGAACCGAAAGAGACACAUAUGGACCAGCCAUGCUGUCGGUCAAUCUACGACUUUGAGCCAGAGAACGAAGGAGAGCUGGGCUUCAAGGAGGGUGACAUCAUUAUCCUCACCAAUCAGAUUGAUGAGAACUGGUAUGAAGGCAUGAUUAAUGGCGAAUCUGGCUUCUUCCCAAUAAACUACGUAGAGGUCCUAGUUCCCCUGCCCCAAUGAGCCAAGCCAACAACCACUGGGUCACUGGCCACACGCCAAACUAGACUGGCUCAACCAUUCACUCACCCGACAUCCUCUGCUGCAUUAUCACCAAUGAAAGCCUUGUGUUCCCCGUCUGUCACUCACUCGACGUUGUGUCGAUGAGUUGACACUAGGGGUCGCUCCUGCGGAGCCCAGACAUCUCUGAUUUUGAGAGAAGGCCAUUGAGAAUUGGCGUGUGGAAUUUGCAUGCCACUCCCCCAGACAUAUUGGUAUAAAUGGAGUGACGCUGCAAAUACACAUCAAAUAUUUCGGAGCCGAGAGAGCAGUCACAGAGCUGAAUUCCUCUGUUGUUCUUUCAUAUGUACAAGCUGUUGGUUUUACGGAGCUUUCCAGCGGUCCUCCCCCUCGCAUACUACGUUGUGCUGAGCACACACCCCUGGGCGCU